ACAUAUUGGCGUUUGCAGGAAUUACAUUAACCAACAUUAUGUCAAUACCAGCUUCCGUUUCAUGUAUUUAAGGAUGUAGUAUUUGGGCGUUUGUAUUCCUGAAGAUCAAAUACAAUCCAGGCACUACAGAACUCUGAUGUUUGGCUCCUCAAACACACACACACACACACACACACACACACACACACACACACACACAGAUCACACACCAGUACAAGUCUUUAGGUUCAGAGUAAUAAGACCUGAUAGUUCCUGUCAUGUGACCAUGUACAAGUGUUACUGCACACUUUAUCUUUAAAUAUUGAUAAGGCAAUGUAUCCUGAGGUAACGCAUAUCCAGUGCCAAAUCAAUAAGAGAACAUUUUUUUUGUUUUUUUUAAAUCCUAAACAAGCACACACACACGAACCCAGCUGAUUUCCUGUAAAUGGAGGGGGAGGGGCAACACUAACCAAGUCAUCCAGGCUCAUGAGAGGAGGCGGGACGGUGAAAGUGAAAGUGUUCAGUUAGUAAGACUCCAUUUUAAAUAGACAGCAGCAGAGAACUGAAGAGUGAAGCGGGACUGACUUCAGAUCAGAACAUGGACGUGUGUUUAGAGGACGAGGAGGACAGAGCAGAGUCUCCUGUACCCAGCUGUCUGUCUAUGAAGAGUGAUCUGUCCAAAGAUGAAAAUCCAUACUUCAGUAAAGAACCUGGACCCUCAGACACAAAAUUUGAGUGGAGCAGACAGAGAGCAGAGUCUCCUGUACCCAGCUGUCUGUCUAUGAAGAGUGAUCUGUCCAAAGAUGAAAAUCCAUACUUCAGUAUUGAACCUGGACCCUCAGACUCAAAACUGACUUCAGAUCAGAACAUGGACGUGUGUUUAGAGGACGAGGAGGACGGAGCAGAGUCUCUUGUACCCAGCUGUCUGUCUCUGAAGAGUGAUCUGUCCAAAGAUGAAAAUCCAUACUUCAGUAAUGAACCUGGACCCUCAGACACAAAACUGACUUCAGAUCAGAACAUGGACGUGUGUUUAGAGGACAAGGAGGACGGAGCAGAGUCUCCUGUACCCAGCUGUCUGUCUCUGAAGUUCAAAAAUGAACCUUUACCUUCAGACAUAAAAGUUGAGUCGCGCAGACAGAGAGCAGAGUCUCCUGUACCCAGCUGUCUGUCUAUGAAGAGUGAUCUGUCCAAAGAUGAAAAUCCAUACUUCAGUAAAGAACCUGGACCCUCAGACACAAAGGGGACGAAGAGGACUCAUGUUAUAGAGGAGCAGCCGUCCUGUCCUUUGUGUCAGGACGUCCUGAAGGAUCCCGUCUCUACCAGCUGUGGACACUGGUUCUGCAGACAGUGCAUCACCUCAUACUGGGACCAGUCCGGUUCACCAGGAGACUCGUCCUGUCCUCAGUGUGGAGAAAGAUCCAGAACAGGACCUGGACUGCAGACAGUCAGUCAGAGCAGCACUGAACGAAUAGAUAGAGGUCUGCAGGAGGUUUUAGAUGAACAUAAGGUCAGUCUGAGGAGGAGAUGUGAAUGUGUGACUGAAGGAAGUGAUGAUACAGGAAGUAGAACCCUCCUCAACAGGAUCUACACUGAGCUCUACAUCACAGAGGGACAGAGUGAUGAGAUGAACACCCAACAUGAGGUGAGAAAGAUUGAGAGAGACUCUAAAAAGAAGACCCUCCAUGAGACUCCAAUCAAGUCCCAGGACAUCUUUAAAGCCUUACCCAACCAACAGAAACCAAAGACAGGAGCUCAACCCGACCAACAGAAACCCAUCAGAGUGGUUCUGACAAACGGCGUCGCUGGUGUUGGAAAAACCUUCUCAGUGCAGAAGUUCACUCUGGACUGGGCAGAGGGCUCAGAGAACCAAGACGUCAGUCUGGUGAUCCUGCUUUCAUUCAGGGAGCUGAACUUGAUCGGAGAUAAGGUGUACAGUCUUCUUGAGCUGCUCCGUGUUUUCCAUCCAACAUUACAGAAGGUCACAGCAGAGACGCUCGCUGUCUGUAAACUGUUGUUCAUCUUUGACGGCCUGGAUGAAAGCAGACUGUCAUUGGACUUCAAAAACAGGGAGGUUGUUUCUAAUGUCACACAGAAAUCAUCGUUAAACACACUGUUGACAAACCUCAUCAAGGGGAAUCUGCUACCCUCAGCUCUCAUCUGGAUAACUUCUCGACCUGCAGCAGCCAAUCAGAUCCCUCCUUCAUGUGUUGACAGGGUAACAGAAGUACGAGGCUUCACUGAUGCCCAGAAGGAGGAGUACUUCAGGAGGAGGUUCAGUGAUGAUGAAGAUCUGUCCAGCAGAAUCAUCUCACACAUCAGGACAUCCAGGAGCCUCCACAUCAUGUGUCUGAUCCCGGUCUUCUGCUGGAUCACUGCCACAGUUCUGGAGCACAUGAUGAGCACAGAGCAGAGAGGAGAGCUGCCCAAGACCCUGACUGACAUGUACUCACACUUCCUGCUGGUUCAGACAAAGAGGAAGAAGAACAAGUAUGAUGAGGGACCUCAGAUGAGUCCACAUGAGCUGAUGGAGGCUGACAGGGACGUUCUUCUGAAGCUGGGGAGGCUGGCAUUUGAACAACUGGAGGACGGAAACAUCCUAUUCUACCAAGAAGACCUGGAGCGGUGUGGUCUGGAUGUCACAGAGGCCUCGGUGUACUCAGGAGUUUGUACAGAGAUCUUCAAAACAGAGUGUGUGAUCUUCCAGAAAACAGUCUACUGCUUUGUUCAUCUGAGUGUUCAAGAGUUUCUGGCUGCAGUCUACAUGUUCCACUGUUUCACCAACAGGGACACAACAGUUCUGAAGGCUUUUCUCGGCAAAAAAGACAACGUCAGCAAAGGCGACAAUAGCGGCAAAAAAGACAACGUCAGCAAAGGCGACAAUAGCGGCAAUAACAACAGCGAUGACUACACUUCUUUAAAAGUCUUUCUCGGUAGAGCCAUGGAGAAAUCCCUGAAAAGUAAAAAUGGUCACCUGGACCUGUUUGUUCGCUUCCUUCAUGGACUGUCUCUGAAGUCAAACCAGGGGCUCGUAGGAGGCCUGCUGGGUCAGACAGACAACAGUCCAGAAAUGAUCCAAGGAGUAAUCAACAACCUGAAGGAGAAGAACAGUAGAGAUAUCUCUCCUGACAGAAGCAUCAACAUCUUCCACUGCCUGAUGGAGAUGAAGGACCUCUCAGUCCAUCAGGAGAUCCAAGAGUUCUUGAAGUCAGAGAACAGAUUAGAAAAGGAACUCUCUGAGAUCCACUGCUCUGCUCUGGCCUACAUGCUGCAGAUGUCUGAGGAGGUUCUGAAUGAGUUGGACCUGAAGAAGUACAAGACAUCAGAGCAGGGACGAUUGAGACUGAUUCCAGCUGUGAGGAACUGCAGGAUGGCAAAACUUUCUGGCUGUGGACUCUCAGAGACUCACUGUGACGUCAUAGCCUCAGCUUUGAAGUCCAACCCCUCCCACCUCAGAGAGCUGGACAUGAGUCGGAACAACGACCUGAAGGAUUCAGUCGUGAAGCUACUGGCUGGACUGGAGAGUCCAAACUGCAGACUGGAGACUCUGAGAUUGAAGUACUGCAGUUUGUCAGAGAUCAGCUGUUCUUCUCUGGCCUCAGCUCUGAAGUCCAACCCCUCACAUCUCAGAAAGCUGGACCUGAGCGACAACAAAAAGCUGCAGGAUUCAGGAGUGAAGCUGCUGUGUGAUUAUCUGCAGAGUCCAAACUGCAGACUGGAGACUCUGAGGUUGAGUGAGUGCAGUUUGUCAGAGAUCAGCUGUUCUUCUCUGGCCUCAGCUCUGAAAACCAAUCCCUCCCAUCUCAGAGAGCUGGACCUGAGUGGGAACGAGAAGCUGCAGGAUUCAGGAGUGAAGCUGCUGUGUCAGGGACUGCAGAGUCCAAACUGCAGACUGGAGACUCUGAGAUUGAGGGGCUGCAGUUUGUCAGCGGUCAGCUGUUCUUCUCUGGCCUCAGCAGUGAAGAAGUCCAACCCCUCCCAUCUCAGAGAGCUGGACCUGAGAGGGAAUAACAAGUUGCAGGAUUCAGAUGUGAAGCUGCUGAGUGAUCUUGAAAAGAAUCCAAACUAUCGACUGGAGACUCUGAGCUUGCGAUGGUGAUCUCGUAAUGUGAGCGAUAAGGACGCUGGUGGUGCAGAGAGGAGCAGCUGUGUCCUGAUGAGCCACAGAGGAUGAACCUCCACCAUCUUGUGGGUGGAGAAGCUCUGAAAGCUGAGGAGAGCUUCAUCCAUCAGGGACUGACAGAGGAAUCACAUCAGAGCUCAUUUCAGUUAUAUUUCUAAUGAUAAUAAUAAUAGAAUCAUUUGUUCUCCACACAUUACAGGAGUGGAAGGUCAAACAUGAAGCAGCUAGUAGAAAUGUUAAGGGAUCAAACUCUACCAAGAAAUGCUGCAGUUAUUCUUCUCGUGACAAUUAUUUUGAUUCUAUUUUUUACAAAAAGUACAAACCAGAACUUGAUCAUAUGUAACAUGUAUUAAAGUAAUCUUCUCUUUAUAACCUCUUUAAAACAUGCCCUGCACUCCUAAAAUGUCCUGACCUCAUCGGGCUGAGCUGCAUGUGUGAAUAGGAAGUGUCCUUUCACACUAAGUGAUAAUAAAACAUAAUGAACUUCAGAA